AUGCGUGUGGCUAUCAUCGGUGCAGGGGUGAUCGGCCUCUCCACCGCCCUGUGCAUCCAUGAGCACUUCCACAGCCUCCUGCCCUCCCUGCAGCUGGAGGUCCAUGCCGACCGCUGCACACCCCACACCACCAGCGAUGGGGCAGCCGGGCUGUGGCAGCCCUACCUGAGCGACCAUGGCAACCUGCAGGAGACGCUCUGGAAUAAGGAGACGUUCGAUCACCUCCUGGGGCUCCUGAGCUCCCCAGCAGCGAAGGAAAUGGGACUUUUCCUGAUUUCUGGCUAUAACCUGUUUAGGCAGCCAGUGCCGGACCCGCCUUGGAAGAACAUAGUGCUGGGGUUCAGGAACCUGACCCCCAAGGAGCUCGAACUCUUCCCUGGUUACAGCUAUGGCUGGUUCAACACGGCGCUGGUGCUGGAGUGCAGGAGGUACCUGCCCUGGCUCACCAACAGGCUAACAGAGAGGGGAGUGAAGUUCUUCCAUCGGAAGGUUGAGUCUUUCCAGGAGCUGUUUGCCCAAGGUGUGGAUGUUGUCAUCAACUGCACCGGGGUGCGUGCAGGGGAGCUGCAGCCUGACCCAGAGCUCCAGCCCGCCCGGGGACAGGUCAUAAAGGUCCUGGCUCCAUGGGUGAAGCACUUCAUCAUCACUCACGACAUGGAAUCUGGGAUCUACAACUCACCGUACAUCAUCCCAGGGAGCGAGUUCACGGUCCUGGGAGGGAUCUACCAGCACGGCAACUGGAACGAAGCAAACAGCGCCCAGGAUCACAGAACCAUCUGGGAGAGCUGCUGCCGGCUGCUCCCUGCUCUGCAGGAAGCAAAGAUCGUGGGGGAAUGGAGCGGUCUGAGACCGGCACGGCCCCGGGUGCGCCUGGAGCGGGAGACCAUCAGCCAUGGGCAGCUCCAGGCACAGGUGAUACACAACUACGGCCACGGUGGGUUUGGGAUCACCAUCCACUGGGGCUGUGCCAUGGCAGCAGCCAGGCUCUUUGGGAGCAUCCUCCAGGAGAAGAAGCUGGCCUGGUCACCGCAGCCCCGCUUGUGA